AUGUCGUUACAUUCAAAAGAAGAAAAUCUCUCAAUAAAACUAGACUAUUCUCAGUAUUUGAAACCUGAUGAUGAAGAAAGUUUAAAAUCUGUUCAUUUACUACAACGCGUUACUAAUUAUUUAGCAGCGGCGAUGAUUUUCUUGCAGGAUAAUGGGUUAUUGCUCGAACCGUUGACCAAGGAUCAUAUUAAAGAACGAUUGCUGGGUCAUUGGGGACACGGCGCACCUGCUAAUCUAGCAAACCUAUUCCUGGAAGGAUCGUUAGAGAAAUUCUACCCGAAAUAUGAACGAAAUGUUCAUGGAUUCACUAAAUUAAUUAAAGAUUUCAGUUGGCCGGGUGGUUUUCCGAGUCAUGUGAAUUCCGAAAUUCCUGGGCAAAUUCAUGAAGGUGGUGAAUUAGGUUACGCGCUGUCGGUUAGCUUUGGCGCGAUUAUGGACAAUCCUGAUCUGAUUGUUACUUGUAUAGUUGGAGAUGGUGAAGCUGAGACUGGACCAACUGCUGCUGCUUGGCACUCCUAUAAAUUUAUUGAUCCGGCGGAAAGUGGCGCUGUUUUACCCAUUCUUCAUGAUAAUGGGUUCAAAAUUUCUGAAAAGACUAUUUAUGGUACAAUGGAUGACAGUGAGCUUAGCGCAUUAUUCACUGGAUUUGGAUAUAAAGUACGGAUAGUAUCUGACCUCGAGAAUAUCGAUAAAGAUCUAGCAGCAUCAAUGGAAUGGGCAUAUCAAGAAAUCCGCAACAUCCAAAAACACGCGCGAUCCUCCGACCUUAAACCAAUUUUCAAACCAAAAUGGCCAAUGUUAAUUCUUCAAACACCAAAAGGCUGGACCGGCCCAAGAACACUACACGGUCAACCGAUCGAAGGAUCAUUUCGAUCUCACCAAGUUCCACUUCCACAUGCUAAAACAGACGACGAGGAAUUUAAGCUGUUUGAUUCGUGGCUGAAAAGUUAUCGAAUUCAUGAACUGAUUGAUGUCGAUAAAGUGAAAAAGGGUGCUUCUAUCGUGGAUGCGGAAAUAAUCAAUCAACGUGUGUUGGACGUUAUUCCGAACGAAAAGUUUCGAAUGGGGAGCAGGAAAGAAACGUUUGCAAAUUAUAAGCCGUUAGAGUUGCCUGAUAUUAAAGAGUUCAUGUUGCAUAAGGGAGAAUUUAUUAGUUCGAUGAAAACUAUCGGGAGUUAUGCGGCCAAAGUAAUAGAAAACAAUCCUAAAAGUUUCCGAAUUUUCUCGCCGGAUGAAUUAACUUCAAACAAAAUGGACGAUGUUUUCAAAGUGACAAAUCGUAAUUACCAAUGGUCACCAGAAACUGCGAAUAAAGGUGGUCGAGUACUUGAAAUCCUUUCUGAACAUACUUGUCAAGGGUGGAUGCAAGGAUAUACGUUAACUGGACGGGUCUCAUUAUUCCCAUCCUACGAGACAUUUCUAGGAAUUAUAACAACGAUGAUGAUCCAAUACGCAAAAUUCGUAAAAAUGGGAAUGGCGACCUCAUGGCAACAACCACAUGGUUCUAUAAAUUAUAUAGAGACUAGCACUUUGUGGCGACAAGAGCAUAAUGGAUUCUCGCACCAAAACCCCGGGUUUCUUAAUAAUCUUCUUAAUAUGAAAGCAUAUUUAGUCCGAGUCUAUCUUCCGCCAGACGCCAACUGUUUCCUAAGCACCCUUGCACAUUGUUUACGUGCAAAAAACUACAUCAACCUCAUGAUUGGCAGUAAACAACCAACUCCAGUUUGGCUUUCACCCGAAGAAGCAGAACGUCAUUGCAUCGCUGGGGCAUCAGUCUGGAAAUUCGCGUCUGUUGAUUCCGGAACAGAUCCUGAUGUCAUUCUCGUUGGGUGCGGGGUCGAAGUAACAUUUGAAGUGAUCGCGGCGGCGCAUUUAUUAAAAAAAGAUGUGCCAGAAUUACGUGUUCGCGUUGUAAACGUUACCGAUCUGAUGAUUUUGCCCAACGAGGGAAGUCAUCCGCAUGCACUCGAUAGUAGCACAUUUGAAAGUUUGUUUACAAGAGAUAAACCGGUCGUUUUUAAUUUUCAUGGAUAUCCGAGUGUUAUCAAGCACUUGUUAUUUGAUCGCCCACGUACUGAUAGAUUUACUGUGCUUGGAUAUCAAGAAGAAGGAACGACGACUACUCCGUUUAGGAUGUUAACAGCAAAUGGCACAAGCCGUUUCGACGUAGCAAUAGCCGCAAUCCGAGGUGCCGUACAUACUGGACAUCACUCACUCUUGGCCAUUCGAGCGCACGAGCUAAUUUCGGGGUACAUGCAUAAAAUUACCGAACAUGAAAAGUAUAUCGAAAAGUAUGGAAAGGAUCCGAAGGAAUUGUCGGAAACUCCAAAGUUUGACUGA